UUUAGUGCAAGCACAUGUAUUAGGCAGGCCUGUGUAGUUUGAAGAACUGCGAGGAGACCAAAGUCCACUCGCGAUCAAACGCGCAGCUGAAUUUUGCGCCUGAUCACCAUGGAAUAAUGCGAUACGUGUUCUGUGAAUUGGCAUGCCCAUUUAGCAGACUGAGCUAGCUGGACCUUGUCGGCUUGUCCCAGUGCAGGCGUUAAAAACAUCAAAUGGAGGCAGGGGAAAAUUGGCAGUCCGCGCAUUGGGACAAUAGGCGGAAUCGAGGCGAGGGCACUGGUGGCCGGGGCGGAGGCCGGGGCGACUACUAUGGUGGUCGAUCAGGCUCGCGUGAGGACCGUGGAGGGUACCAGCGGCAUAAUAAUGCUUACGGGGACCGCCAGGGUCAGGUCAGCUACCAGCACCACGGCAGCGGCCAGCACCGGCCAGAUUCCGUCCCUUACGCCAACUUCGCAAACCGCGGCGGCGGUUUUGGCUCUCAGGGACGUCCACAGCAAUCGCAACAGCCGCGGCAACACGCGGAUCAGCAGGGCUUCGGUGCCGGGGGAGCGCACUACGACCCGUCUCGCGGCGCGCCCUUCGCACCGCCCCCACCGCCGAUGCCUUACCCCGGCUAUGGCAGCAGCGACCCGUCCGCGAUGCACGCACACGCGCAGGCCCAUCACCUGUAUGGGCAGGAGCACGGCUGGCGUGUGAUGGAUCCGGCUGCCAUGCAGGCUGCCGCUGCUGCCGCCGUGGUAGCGGCGGGGCAGUACCACCCGCAGCCACACAUGCCCGCCCCGCCGCUCGCACCCUACCCGCGCGGGCCGGGAGGCAGUGGCGGCAGCCACUCCCAGCAGCAGCACUCCUACCAACAGCAGCAGCAGCAGCAACAGACGAAGCAGCAGCACAUGGGGCAGCGCCAAUACGGGCAGGGGUACCAGCAGCAACAGCACCAGCAGCACCCCCAGCAGUACCAGCAGCCGCAGCAGCAGUACCACGGGGGCGGUGGGCAAGUGCACACAAGCGAGCCACCGCAGCACCGGCAGGGUGGCGGCGGCGGUGGCGUGCGUGGAGGCCCGCAGGGCCCGCUCCCAGUGCCUGGUCAAGCCGGCGGCUGGGCUGGCCUGGCGGCUGCGGCAGCGCCGGCCGGCGCCUCCUCGUCUCAAUCGAGGCAGGGUGAUGCGCGGCGGUCCAAUGCGCGGGGGCCAGCAGUGCCGCAGCCAGUGGUGCUUGGCAGCUCGGGGCCUUCCAGCUUGGAUGGUUCAACGUCAGGCAUGAACAGCCUCGGCAAGCCCCGGCAGCAGCCUGGCGGCAGCGCAGUCGCGAACGUGCCGGCGGCGCGGCGAGGGUCGGGAGAGUUGCCCUCUGGCGUAUGCACACCGUCGGGGCAGCAGGGUAAUGGAGGAGGCGUGGAAGAGGCUGCCAGUCAAGUGGAUCACACACUAGCGCAGGCCGCGCCUGAGGCCCCGGUGGCUGCGGCGGCGUCGGCAGGCGCGCCGGCAACACCGGCGCCGCCUGAGGCAGCUACCCCUCCUGCAGCCGCGGAAGCUCCUUCUACUAUCGAUGCCGCCUCUGGCCAAGCGCCGAUGGCAACAGUCUCUGUGUCGGAGGCUGCAUCCGUAGCGGGCGCGCCCCCGGCGCAUGCCAGCAUCGGUGCCCCGGCGCCGGUCUCCACGGCGCCUGCGACGUCCGCAGCCCCUGCCCCGCCACCGGCAUCGCUGCCUAGUCCCGUAACGAGCGGGGGAAGUGCAUGGAAGAAGCCUGUGCCAGCAACGGCGCUCUUCUCGGGGGCAGCGGCUACAGCCACACCUGCAGCGGGGGCGCACGCGGCAACCACUCGCCGCCAGAAUAGCGCGGGCGGCGCGCCAGUGUCGCCAGGCGCCGGCGGGCCCUCCUCUUCAGGCGGCGCCGCGCCUGCCGCCGCUGCAGGCGCAUCGCCAGUGCCGCAUGCGGAGCCGUUCACCGCCUCGUCAUCAACAGCGCCCGCUGCUGCACCGUCGCCAGUACCAGUGCCCACCGCGUCUUCAGUUCCGCCCGCUGCGGCCACAGCGAGCCCAGCCGCGGCAGGGCAAGGUGCAGGCGGGGUGCCGCCGCGUGUGGCCAACCGGCCCUCGCCCGUGCAGACGACGCCGGGCCCGCCGCCUGGGUUUGGCGCAGUGCGCCCUAACCCGUCGGCAGCGGCGGCAGCGGCUACUGCUGCACCUGUGGCGGCACCAGCACCAGUGCCCGUGCCAGCCGCAGCGCUGGCGUCGCCGGCCCAGCCAGCCGGGAGCUUGCAGCCUCUGUCGCCGGCGGGAAGCUCGGGUGGCGCACCGCUCACCACAGCGACCAGCAUUGGCGGUGCGCCAGCUGCGGCAUCGGCGGCAGCGCCGGCGGCUGCAGCGCCGGUGGGUGCGCCAGCGUCACCUUCCGUUGGCGGCGCCACGACCCCCGGCGGCAGCAAUGCGCCUCGAGGCUGGGCUGCGAUCGCAGCUUCUGCGCCCCCGCCGGCAGCGAGCCGGAGUAGCGCGGGCGGAGUCCAGCGAACUGGGUCAGAGGGCGGCGCGCCUAUGGCCGCUGGCGCGGCAUACCACGGCCACCGUCACCCAGGUGCCCCGUCGCCUACAGCUCACAGCGUGGCCCCAGCGCCGUCUGCAGCACCAGGCGGGCCUCUUUCGCCCGCCAUUACCAGGGUCCCCAGCAGCAGUAGCAGUGCUGUGCCUCGUGUGGACACGGCAGUAGCACCGGGGCAGCCUACCGCAGCGGCAGUAGCACCGGGGCAGCCUACCGCAGCGGCGGCGCCGCCGCAUGCGGAGCCGGCGGUGGCCGCCACCCUUCCUGCCUCGUCGUCGUCGGCGUUGUCGGGCGCAGAAGCGACGCCUGUGCCCGGAGCGGCAGCAGCGCCGACCCCUGCCGCAACCACCUCGUCGGAUACGGCCUCCCCCGUGCCUGAGCAGCCGCAGCCUGCACCCGACGCAGCAGCGGCGCAGGGCACGGCCGCGCCCGCGGCCCCCAGCACUGGAGCAGCCGCGGCGCCAGAUGCGGCCCCGGCACCCGCCCCGGCGGGCCCAGCUGCAGACGCGGCUGUGUCGGCGCCCGCUCCCGCAGCACCCGGCUCGGUUGACGGCUCAGCAACGACGCCUGCGCCCGCGCCCGCGCCGGCGGGCCCCAAGACCUGGGCCUCCUUAGCUGCAGGCAGCUCAGGCAACACGGUGCGGGCAGGUGCAGGUGGGGGCGGCAAAGCCGCUGCUACGGCUGCGCGGGGUGUGGUCAGCGCUGGCCGGCACACAACGCACGGCGCUGCCGGCACUGCCGCAGCGCUGAUGCGUGGGCCUUACGGACCGCAAGCGGCGGGGCAGGGCGCGGCUGCGCACGCGGCCGGCGCGCCCGGCGCUGCAUCGCAGCGCCCGCACGCGCACCACAACCCCGCAUCGAUGGCAACGCUAGCUGGCUUCGAGCCUGCGCCGCCGCCGGGGACCGCGCCACACCCCAGCAGCGUGCCCUUAAGCGAGGACCGGCUGCAGCGGCAGCAGAAGCAGCAACCGGAGGACCGGACCGCGACAUGGGUGAAGGAGCACGGCGCGGGAACGUCGGCGACCCCUGCCGCCGCGGCCGUCGCGGUACCGGCGGCUGAGGUGACAGGGACGCCUGCAGAGGCGCCGUCGUCUGCUGCAGCAACGGCAUCGCCGUCAGCCGUCCCGUCGGCCGUCCCGUCGGUUGUCCCGUCGGCAACGCCAUCAGUGGUGUCCGUGGCGUGUGCAGCGCCGCAGGCGGCACCGGCACCGGCACUGGCGCAGGCGCAAGCGACGGCGCCCACGGCAGAGCCGGCGACGGCCCCGCCCGCAGUGGCGGCGGAGGAUGAAGGAUGGGAGGAGGUGCACACCCGCCAUAAGCCACCGGUUAAGACGUGGGCAGGACUUGCCGCUUCAGCGGGGGGCCGGGGCGUCCUGCAGCAACACGGUCGUGGAGACCGCAGCGGACGUGGGGCCGACUCGCACCCGCAGGCGCACGGAGGCAAGGGGCGGGGGAGUGCCGCAGCCUUGCAAGCGGCUGGUGCGCCCAGCUCCAGUAAGGGCGUUAGCCCUGCACCGUCUGUCGCGCACGCACCGCACUCCGGCGCCGCAACACCGGUGCCCAGUGCUAUUGCUGCGGUCGCAACUUCGCCACUGCAUGAAUCUGCCCCUGCUAUCCCGGUCGGCGUUCCAUUUUCCUUGGACAAGCCGCAAGAGCCGGUGGUGGCUGCGACUCCUGCGGUGGCGAUAGCGGCACAACCCGACGUGACGGAACCAGCGGCGGCGCCUGGCCCUGCGUCUGUGCCUGCCUUUGACGCAGCCCCUGCGGCUGCAGGUGAGGAGACUUCUGUGCCCGGGAAUGCCGCCUCUACCGCCGUCGCAGCCGCGGAUGCUACUGCGGACCCGAGCACCGCACCCGCGCCUACCAACAGCGCCGCAGUGGAGGCCCAGCAAGCCGCAACGACAGCGAACUCGAACAUGACACAGCCCGCGGAGCAGGCUGCGUCCGCGCCUUCCCCUGCGCCUGCUGCUGAGGCCGUUGCGUCUGCAGCCACCGCACCUGCGGUCACCAGCGCACCCGCUGCAAGCAGCAAGCGCGACGACGCAGAGCCGGUCAUUCCAGCCGGAAAGAACUUGUUUGGUCUGCUUGGAGAUGCGGGUGAUGACGCGGACGCGGAUGCAGCGGCCAGCCGGGGCGAGGGUGACGAGGCGGGCGCGGUCGCCGCCUCCGGCGACGCCGCUGGCGCGCGGCUGGUUGACGCCGCGGAGCUGCUGCGUCAGCUGCUGUCGCCCACAGCUGCCGACCAGCUGUUGGCGUGUAGCAGCCGACGCGGCGAGCAGGCUGAGUCGCAGUCGCUGCUGCAACCCCGCGGUUUGGUGAACACUGGCAACACCUGCUUCAUAAACGCGACGCUGCAGGCGCUGAUUGCCUGCCGCCCGUUUGCGAGUGUGCUGUCGCGACUGCCGGGUGUUGUGCCGCUGCUUGAGCCAGCCAAGUGCCCCACGCUGUACGGACUGGCGCAGUUUGCCAGUGAGAUGGCGGCGGCAGGGGCCUCGGGCGCGGGCAAGGCCGGGGCUGGCGGCGGGGGCGUGCCGGGCAUGCACGACUCGCCGGCGGCAUCAGAGGAUGACGGCUGGGCCGAGGUGCCGGCCACCCGCGGCAAGAAGGGCGGCAAGAAGAGCACCAGCGGCUUCUCCUUCGGCGUGCUUGCCGGUAGCCCCGCGCAGGCGCAGGCACAGCAGCACGCUGCGUCCUCCGCCGCCGUCUCCACAGCCGCCACAGGCAGUGGGAAGGACGCCAAGGACGGCGCGGCCAGCAGCAAGGAUGCCGUCAUGGCGUUGCUGCUGGGCGGCAAGCCGCUGGUGCCGUCCAUGCUCAAUGGCAUCGUGGCAGCCUUUAACCCGCGCAUCUCCAUCGCCUCUGCAUCCUCAACCUCCAGCGCCGGGGCUGGCGCGGGUGGCGGCGGUGGCAAGCCAUCGAUGGCGCAGCUGCUGAGCAAAGGCGGCGGCCGCUCCGCGGGCGCGGUGCUGGUGGAGCAGCAGGAGCAGCAGGACGCGCAGGAGUUUGUGCACUUCCUGGUGGACCGGGCGCACGAGGAGAUGGUGGCGCUGCGCAAGGCGCAUGGGCUGGACGAGGCGCAGCACGCGCAGGGCAGCGCGUCAGACGGCGGCGCACAGAACGGAGACGACGCUGAUGAGUGGGCGCAGGUGGGGCGCAAGAAGAACAAGGCCACUGUGACGCGACAGGUGGGCGCGCCCGCCGGAGACGCGUCCAGCCGCUCUGCGGUGUCUGCCAUCUUCGGUGGCCUUCUCAAGAGCACCAUUCGCUUCCAGCCGCCCCACGGCCACUACAAGCCGUCCACCACCAUCCAGUCCUUCAACAUGCUGCACCUGGACAUUGCGGGCAACGAGAUUAGCAGCCUGGAAGACGCGCUGCGGCACCACUCCGUGCCCGAGAGCAUAGAGUACAAGCCGGAUGGUGCCAGUGAGAUGCUGCCCGUCAAGAAGGACGUGCGCCUGUAUCGGCUGCCUGAGUGUCUCGUGCUGCACCUCAAGCGCUUCACGUACAGUGCUACGGCGGGGGGUCACGGCGGCGGCUACUCGAAGCUGCACAAGAUGGUGGCGUUUGGCAACUCGCUGCGACUAGACAGCAAGGUUCUGGCCGACGACUGCCCAGACCGGUCGCAACCCGAGUACCGUCUAUUCGCCACCGUCAUCCACCACGGCCGCAGCAUUGCAGGAGGCCACUACACGGCGGACGUCCUGCAGCCAGACGGCGUCACGUGGCUGCGCUUCAACGACGCUGUGGUGGACGUGGUCCCCGAGGCAGCGGUGCUGGGGGAGCGGCCCUACCUGCUCUUCUACCAGCGCUCCCGCAGCUAGGUGUAGGAGCGCAACCCAUAAAGGAAGGGGCAGCAGAGGGCGGGCGGCUUGAUGGAGCGGCAGGCUGGGCUCCGUUCGGCAGUGUCAGGUGGCUGCAUUUCGGAGGCACUGCGCUGGAGGGCUUGGGCUGCCGGUCGGCAGCAAACAGCUGGGCACAUGAGCGCUACGAGGACGGCACAGUCGCAGAAGGGCAGGGCAGUUGUAGGGCGAAGCUACUUUAGUGAAUGCGUAGCGGGCCCCGGCUGCAGGGAGGCGUAUGAUGGGCAGACGUAUGCUAGAAAUGCAAUACCGAUAUCAUGAUGGCUGAAGGCAGGGGCGCAGUUUAGGCGUAACAGCGGUAUAUUUGCCCUUGAUCGGUGUGCUGUGUUGAGUUGUAUGGACAGGCGGGACGAAGUGGGGCACUAAGCUCUGCUCAUCAGUGGGGGCUGCUGGAUGCUGUGUGCAGUGGCUGCAGGCGGCAUGUGACGUUGCUAUGUAGCGCACAUGUAGUUAGUCCGUGUUUGGGCAACGUGACGCUGGGUGACGCCAUGUAUGUACGGUUUGAGGGUUAGGUGGAUGCGGGUGCACGGCAAGGCGCACCUCUGGGCGCGGGAAGCCGGGGGAAUGUCACGAUGCACAUGGCCGUACUACUGCGUCAAUGCAAGUUCAGUGGCCAUGACAAAUGUACGUGUAUGCGCCAGGCGAAUUGCGUACCAUGCGACAAGUGUU